AUGCUUGCAAGCAGUCAUUUCAUCGAAAAUACCGUCUUACUUCAUCGGAACUUCCAUGAUUUUUAUGAUUACGAAAGUCGUUUGGUUGUAACUAUAAUUUGGGCGCUUACACUUUGCUGGAUCUUAUGCACAUUCAUUUUACUUAUUGGAUUAUUCACCAAUCUACCUUUGCUUCUCUUACCGCAUAUGGUUUUUUCGAUUUUUUGGUUGCUGUGCAAGAUUAUUAUUCUGCUGAUUAUGCUAAUUUCAAGAGCAAACCUUCUGCCUCUUCUUCUUGUCUCUUCUAUCUGUGUUAUUACUGCUGUUUCACUGCCAUAUGAAUGGAAUUGUUAUAGCUUAAUGCGUGCUUUGCUAUAA